UGGCUGUCUCUGUCCUACGGAAACUAAGGCCAGCGAGUCCGAAAUCCUAGAGAGGCUGCCAGGGAAGGGAGUGGGGAGGCCACUUCCCUCUUGUCCGGAGUGCAGCAGCCACAGCUCCUUCCGAGGAAAAGAUUCUCUUCAUGGCCAAAUGAAUAAAGGCAUCUUUUUACAGUCAGAGGCAACCCAAUAGAAAGGGGAGGAGAUGGAACAGCGGGACCCAAAAGGACCUGGACCUGACAAGAGAGCAAGGAAAGGCACCAAUCCCAUCCAAACUGGGAUUUCUGUUGAAUUCUGGGAGAGAGCUGUGCCAGAGAUCUGCGAUCAGGAGCCCCUGAACUCAGAAGUACUUUGCUUCCAGCAGUUCCACUACCAUGAGGCUGAUGGACCUCGAAAGGUUUGCAGCCAGCUCCAUGGACUUUGCAACCAGUGGCUGAAGCCAGAGGAGCACUCCAAGAAGCAGAUCCUGGACCUGGUGAUCCUGGAGCAGUUCCUGACCCUUCUGCCUCAAGAAAUGCAGCACUGGGUCAGAGGAUGCGGGCCAGAGACCAGUUCCCAGGCAGUGGCCCUGGCAGAAGGUUUCCUCCUGAGUCAGGCAGAGGAGAAAAGGCAGGCAGAACAGACGUGGAAUCUAUCUGUGAAGAUGGAAGCUAAGUUCUCUGAGAUGGAAAAAGGGGCGUUGGGGGAAAGGCAGCAGGCCCAGGAACAUGCUCAUGAUGCCCUCUCAUGUGGGUUGUUGUGCCGAUAGAAAGGAGAGGAGAAUAAUGUAUGCUGCAUUGGUCCCCGCUGUGGAGAAACCUGGGAUAAUAUGAAAUAAAAGAAUAUUACCGAAGAUGGGAGGCAGAUGAAAGGGAGCAUGCUGAAUGGCUAUGAGAUGGAGAAUCAGGCAGGCAGUGAAGAGAGAAUGUUGAUCCACUCUCUUUGCACAGGUGUGGAA